UUUAAUUGAUUAAUUGGCAAAAACGAAAUGUUUGUCUUUUUCUUCAAACAGGUUGUAGCAUGUUACCGCGUGUUGGCCACAUGUGUUGGUGGAUGCACAGACAGCUUGCAGCUGCGGGAUGAGUUGCGACAAACACGAGAAAAGGCCCAAAGGUUGGCCAUGGCCACCCGUAGUCAUCUGACCUCACAUCUCCGAGACAAGAGCCUGCCUGAGGAGCAACGUAAGGAGAUGGAGAUCCUUUGGGUGGGCUUCUCCUCCAGCCUAGAGCUCCUCCAUGUUGACAUGUGCAAAGUUUUCAACAUGGGUGACAUCUUCUCUCUGUCCAAAAAGGAGACACGGGUGCAAAAUGGCCUACAAGGAGGAGGCAGUGAGGUAGCAGCCCGGGCGCUCAGUGUGCCAGACCUGAACAAACCUCAGAGCACAUCCAUUCCUGCUGAGUUCGAGAGCCAAGAGCGCAGCACCAUGGAGAAGGAUAUCAGCCAACUUGACCACAUGAUCGAUGACAUGGAGAUGAAAGUCAACGUUUUGCGCUGGAUGGUGGAGCCCCAUGGGCCACAGUAUCCAGACCCGCUGAGCAGCACGGACAGCGCCUCCCUGCUCUCAGUCGAUGAGGAGCAGCCUGGACACCAGCCUCUACACCAGCGCAGAAAAUUAUUUGUGCUCUUAUUGCUGGUUGUUUUGGUGGUAGCCACUUUAUCUAUUUGUAUUGUCUUUUUCUCAUGAGCAAAACCUUAAUAAGCUCAACUUGUUUUUUCUGUUAAACCUCAGCAACGCUCAGUAAAACUGAUGAAAAAUAUCCACUGCAAGUACAGUAGUUCUUUCUUAACAAGUUCCUUUAAAAAAGGUUAACUUUUGUAUAAGCAACUCAA